UGGCAUUUGUUGGAAGAGUCUGUGAAACCCUCUGUCUGCCCAGAGCUCCAGGACCAAUGCAUCUUUCCAUCACCUUAAACCACUGUUCAGAGCCCCAGUUGCAGAAGACUUAUCCUGUCACCACCAUGAGCUCUGAAUGCGAUGUUGGCACUUCUAAAGCCGUGGUGAAUGGGCUGGCACCAGGCAGCGAUGGGCAGGACAAAGCAACUGCCGACCCCUUACGUGCACGCUCUAUUUCUGCUGUUAAAAUAAUUCCUGUGAAGACAGUGAAAAGCUCUUCAGGCCUAGUACUCCCUCCAGACAUGGAUCCCACAAAAGUGUGCACUGGGAAGGGAGCCGUGACUCUCCGGGCCUCGUCCUCCUACAGGGAUACCCCAGGCAGUAGCCCUGCGAGCCCUCAGGAAACCCCGCAACACGAAAGCAAACCAGAUGAGUGGAGGCUUUCUUCCAACGCUGAUGCCAAUGGAAACGCCCAACCUUCUUCCCUCGCUGCCAAGGGCUACAGAAGCGUGCAUCCCAACCUUCCUUCCGACAAGCCCCAGGAUGCUACUUCCUCCAGCCCAGCCCAGCCUGAGGUCAUAGUUGUCCCUCUCUACCUGGUUAACACUGACAGAGGGCAAGAAGGCACUGCCACACCUCCAGCACCUCUGGGGCCACUGGGCCCCCCAGUCCCGGGGACCGCCCCUGCCGGCUCACCUCUGACCUUCCCAACUCUAGAUGAUUUCAUUCCCCCUCAUCUGCAGAGGCGGCCCCACCACAGCGCUCCGGGCCCCCACCCCCCCGUUAGCCAGACACCACCAUCCUUCUCACCACCGCCUCCGCUGGUCCCCCCGGUCCCGGAGGGCCUGCACAGAGUCUCGGAGCCUGACCUCACGGGAGCUGUUUCAAGUACCGAUUCAGGUCCUCUGCUAAAUGAAGUUUCUUCAUCUCGUGUUAGAACUGAUUCCCAGGCCUUUGCACCAGUCAGCAAGCCGUCCUCAGCCUACCCCUCCACGACAAUCGUCAAUCCCACUAUUGUGCUCUUGCAACACAACCGAGAACAGCAGAAACGACUCAGUAGCCUUUCAGAUCCUGUGUCAGAAAGAAGAGUGGGAGAGCGGGGCUCGGCACCAACCCAGGAAAAACCCACCUCCCCUGGCAGGACCAUCGACAGAAAGGCCAAGGACGACAGUAGGCGGGUGGUUAAGAGUGCUCAGGACCUAAGCGAUGUGUCCAUGGAUGAAGUGGGCAUCCCACUCCGGAACACCGAGAGAUCAAAAGACUGGUACAAGACCAUGUUUAAACAGAUCCACAAGCUAAACAGAGACACUCCUGAAGAAAACCCUUAUUUCCCUACGUACAAAUUCCCUGAACUUCCUGAAAUCCAGCAAAAUUCUGAAGAGGACAAUCCUUACACUCCUACCUACCAGUUUCCUGCAUCUACUCCUAGCCCUAAGUCUGAAGAUGAUGAUUCAGAUCUGUACUCUCCUCGCUACUCCUUUUCUGAAGACACCAAAUCUCCCCUUUCUGUGCCUCGCUCAAAAAGUGAGAUGAGCUACAUUGACGGUGAGAAGGUAGUUAAGAGGUCAGCCACACUUCCCCUCCCGGCUCGCUCUUCCUCACUAAAAUCAAGCCCCGAGAGAAACGACUGGGAGCCCCCAGAUAAGAAAGUGGAUACAAGAAAAUACCGUGCAGAGCCCAAAAGCAUUUACGAGUACCAGCCGGGCAAGUCCUCCGUUCUGACCAACGAAAAGAUGAGUCGGGAUAUAAGCCCAGAAGAGAUAGAUUUAAAGAAUGAACCUUGGUAUAAAUUCUUUUCGGAAUUGGAGUUUGGGAAACCGCCUCCCAAAAAGAUAUGGGAUUAUACUCCAGGAGACUGCUCUAUCCUUCCUAGAGGGGAUAGAAAGACUAAUCUAGAAAAAGAGCCCAACCUCUGCCAGACAGAGUUAGAGGCAGAUUUAGGAAAAAUGGAGAUGCUUAAUAGAGCACCCAGUGCAGACCCGGCUCAGAGCUCAGCAGUCAGCCCCACUCCGGAUAUUUCUUCGGAGCCUCCUGGAUAUAUAUAUUCUUCCAACUUCCACGCAGUGAAGAGGGAGUCAGAUGGGGCUCCUGGGGAUUUCGGUAGCUUGGAAAACGAGAGGCAGAUUUAUAAAAGUGUCCUGGAAGGUGGAGACAUCCCUCUCCAGGGCCUCAGUGGGCUCAAGCGACCAUCCAGCUCGGCCUCCACUAAAGAUUCGGAAUCACCAAGACAUUUUAUACCAGCUGAUUAUUUGGAAUCCACAGAAGAAUUCAUUCGGAGACGUCAUGAUGAUAAAGAGAAACUUUUAGCGGACCAGAGACGACUUAAGCGCGAGCAAGAAGAGGCCGAUAUUGCAGCUCGACGCCACACGGGCGUCAUUCCAACGCACCAUCAGUUUAUCACUAAUGAGCGCUUUGGGGACCUCCUCAAUAUAGACGAUACGGCAAAAAGGAAAUCUGGGUCAGAGAUGAGACCUGCCAGAGCCAAAUUUGACUUUAAAGCUCAGACACUGAAGGAGCUUCCUCUGCAGAAAGGAGACAUUGUUUACAUUUAUAAGCAGAUCGAUCAGAACUGGUACGAAGGAGAGCACCACGGCCGGGUGGGCAUCUUCCCACGCACCUACGUCGAGCUUCUUCCUCCUGCAGAGAAGGCUCAGCCCAAAAAGUUGGCCCCGGUGCAGGUUUUGGAAUUCGGAGAAGCUAUUGCAAAGUUCAACUUCAAUGGUGAUACACAAGUAGAAAUGUCCUUCCGAAAGGGUGAGAGGAUCACGCUGCUGCGGCAGGUGGACGAGAACUGGUACGAAGGGCGGAUCCCAGGGACGAGCCGGCAGGGCAUCUUCCCCAUCACCUAUGUCGACGUGAUCAAAAGGCCACUGGUGAAAAACCCGGUGGAUUACAUCGACCUGCCUUUCUCCUCCCCAAGUCGUAGUGCCACCGCGAGCCCACAGUUUCCCAGUCACAGCAAGCUCAUCGUGCCAGCCCCCUCAUCUCUGCCUCUCCCCCACCGAGCCCUGUCCCCUGAGAUGCAGGCUGUCACCUCUGAGUGGAUCUCUCUGACUGUGGGGGUCCCUGGCAGGCGUUCUCUGGCCCUGACCCCACCUCUGCCUCCUCUGCCAGAGGCGUCUGUCUAUUACACUGACCACCUUGCCUUCUGGGCAAGGCCCAGUCCCUCCCUGUCCCUCAGCCUCCCCCAUUCGAGCUGGUCAGGUCGUUCCACCCCACGAUCAGUGGUCUCCCCACUGGCUCUCCCUGCCCCCCACAGAGCCUACUCCCCAGCGCCUGGUGCCCAGGCCUCCCUUCACAUCAACGGAGACAGUGGCAUCCACAAGCCACCUCCGGGUUUCCCGCAGGACAGCUUCUCCCAGCCGCUGCUUGGGAGUUCUGACAGGGUCAUCUCAGAGCUUAGCAACGCCUUUAGCAGCCAGGGUCAGAGGCAGCCGUGGCGAGAAGAAAGCAGACAGUACGAGAGGAAAGCAGAGAGGGAGGCAGGUGAGAGAUGCCCUGGUGGACCCACGAUCUCUAAGAAGAGCUGCUUGAAACCUUCAGACGUGGUCAGGUGCCUGAGCACCGAACAGAGACUCUCAGACCUCCACGCCCCCGAGGAGAGCCGGCCCAGCCAGCCCCUGGGUAGCCCUUUCCCGGGAAGGGAGGCUGAGCAGACAGAGCCGCGUAGAGGUGGCGAGCAGGCUGAGAGGAAGGCUGCUCGGAGUGGUGUGAGCCAGCAACCUCAAGCCCAGCAGCGAAGAGUCACCCCAGACAGGAGCCAAGCCUCACAAGAUUUAUUUAGCUACCAAGCGUUAUAUAGCUAUGUUCCACAGAACGAUGACGAAUUGGAACUCCGAGACGGAGACAUUGUCGAUGUCAUGGAAAAGUGUGACGAUGGAUGGUUUGUUGGUACUUCAAGAAGGACGAGGCAGUUUGGUACUUUCCCAGGCAACUAUGUAAAGCCUUUGUAUCUAUAAGAAGACUGAGAACCGCAGAGAUGAUUUUUAUUGGAAGAUGAAGCAUAAUUCAUGAACUGGUCUCUUUAUUUAAAAGUUGAGUCAGUAGGAAAAGUAAUACAGUGGAUAAAGUAUGAAGCAAAAGAGAGGGACAGGGAAGUGUGUUGUGUUUAAAACCCGAGCCUGUCUAAGCUUACCGUGUAUCAGACAGGCCCGAACCACGCGCUGAGCAGAAAGGAAUGAGGCAAACCUGUAUUUACUUCGCCGCUCUGGGAGCCACUCCAGCCCUCCCCUCCCCUCCCCUCCUCUCCCUGUCUUAGGUAAUCUGACCUGCAGCCCAGUCCAGGAGCAGUUAGGCCAGAAAUGCCUCCUGCUGCUGCACCCGUGACCAGCUCCCGCUCAAAGAGGUCUCUGUGUUUAGCCUGAAGCGGCCUUCAGCGUGCCAGGCAGACCCCCAACCAUUCUCCAAAGGCUCCACACAGACCCCAGCCACCCGCAGCCACUCCAGAGCCCACUGACCCCCCAGCACUGCUGGAGAUGAGUCUGGGCUGCCAAUUCACAGCCCCUCACUGGACCUGCUGAGGUUCGUGGGGAAAUGGAGGGAAAACGUAGGCGCCCCGAGCAUGUGCACCCAGCCUGCCUGCAGCAUUGCCAUUGACGCCCUGGGGUUCAGAAGGAAAAGCACAUGAGGUUUGCUCUGUGGGAGCGGGUGGCCAGGCAGACAGUUAAAUCUGUGUGUCUGGGUGAUUUAAGUCAAGAAGCCUUGUAGCUCCUGAGGUCACGUGCUGUGUGCUUUCCCAUAUCACUGGCUUCCACAGACGUUCCCUUUCAGGGCAGCAGUUUCAUUGGUCAGAAUGCCAUUGCUGACCUUUUCUGGGUUCUUGACCAGGACAGUUUGGGGUUGAUAGGCCUGUUCUCAGAGAGAACCAAGGGUGGUGAUGUUCAGUGAUUCAUUUGACAAACACUGGUGUAUGCUGGAUGCCAGGGCGUGCUGGAAGCCUUUACAGAGACUCACCGUGUCUCCACUUUCACUCCCCAGAGGAGCUCAGGGGCGGCUCAGGAUGUAGCCGGCCCAGGGCUGUGAAUGCUGGUGCACCUGGCGAGGCUUCUCUUCAGAGCAGAGGUGCAGAUGCAGGGGCCCUGGGUGUGAGAAACGAUUCUGCCGCUCCCAGGAGGCCAGAUCCAAGGGGGCGGCCCCCACAACACCCUGGUGUUCAACCACACCGGUGGUGUUCUGUCCACUUCAGGGAUGUUUAUAGGCCUCUCUGUUAGACCCCUUGGAGAAUGGAAGAUAGAAAUGGCCCAUUCCCCGCCUGCCGUGGACUCAGAGGUGAUUGGGGAGACAGACACACACACAAAUACUCAAGAGAGACUGUGAUAUGUGCUAAGAAGGGUGUGAGAGGGGAAGAGAUGAAUUUUCCCUGGAGGGAUUCUAGAGAGCAUUGUCAUAUUUCUGCCUCCAUUAGCUCACUGUGGAACAACUAAGACCCAAGAACUUUUGCCCGAGGCUACUUUAUGGCUGAAAGUACUUGGAACUAUUUCCGGAGUCUUCAGACUCUCACCCUUCCCACAAAUACGCAUCCAAGGUCACAAGUAGGAGUAGCAGCUCUACGUGCUGGGGUGUGUACAGGAACCCUGGCCCUCUGCCUAUAGCUCAGAAGUGCCCAGGACCCUUGUCCCAAAGUCUGAGUCUUUAUAAGUAGGUGAAGUUUGUCUUCAGUGUCUCUGCCUCCACUACUCAUCUUAGGAUCCCAUCAGCUGCCCACCCUCCACCGGACAGCCACAGUGCCCUCACUUGUCUCCCUGUCCUCUUCAAAUCUUGCUUGCUGACUUCUUCACAUUAAAGUGUAAAUGACUUGAUCGAGGAAUGUGUUACCUCUUCCCAGAGAUACUUGUUUUUAACUAGGGCAGAGCAGAGCCUUAAUCCCAAGGGAAAAGAUUGUGGAACUAAUGGUGGGGGUGCAAGUGGGGUGGAGGAGCUUCCUGAGUAGAAAUUCCUUAAAUAAGACUCAUUGCUUUGGAAGGUCCACUCCCCAGGGCACUGCGGUUUUGACUCUGAGGGAAUAUAGUGCAAGUGUGUGUGCACGUGCAUUUGCCCAGCAGCAUUUCACCCAUUUCGAAAUGUAAUUCUUGUAUUGGCUAAUGUGUUUCCUGGUCUUUCUUAGAUGCAAACCGUUAAUAUCAUGAUCUUAUCUAAUAGUUCUUUGAGGGGUGCUUCUUGAUUAAGUAGGUAAUUUUGAACACCUCUUUAAAUACAGCUAGAAAAUAAAACCAAUUUGUAAAGCCACGUUUGCAUAUGAUGCCAGCCUCACCCAUUUGUGUAUCUCCAGAAACCCAGAUAUGCCUCACCAAUUUGCCUGUCUCUAAUAAAAUCAUGUGUUCAAAUUUGCAUCAAACUUCAGCUUCCUAUGUGUGACAAAACAAGAAACAAAGGUUUCCAAUGGCUCUUUUGUCUUCAGACCUUUAGUAAUAUAAAAUACCUAUUUUUAUGCUGAGAUGUUUAUACAGGUUUAUUAAUAGCAAGUGCAACUAACUGGCGGCAUGCCUUGCAAGCAGUUUGGAUAUAUUAGCCACGCUUCUGGGUAAAGGCAAGCCCCAAACUACUUCUCUUUUGCAGUCUCUCUGGGAUCAGUAAAAGAAAAAAAUCAUAUGCUUAAGUGGGACUGUAAAUAAUGUAUAUUUACCUUUGUAUAGCCCAUGUACCUACUUUGUAUAGAAAAAUAAUUUUAAAAAUUUGAACUGAAGCGGGGUAAAAUAAGGAAGUCAUGAAGUUUUUUGCAUUUUUAUUUAAAUGAAGGAAUUCCAAAUAACUCACCGGCAGAUUUUUUAGCACGAAUAUAGCCAUUGUAAAGUGGUAAAAUUUUAAAUAAAUAAUCAUUAUUUCUGGGAGAGAAGAUAACUAAUCUCAGUUACAGGUUUUUUGUUUUGUGGGUUGGUUUUAUUUUGUUUGGUUUUUUUUUUUUUUGGCAGUUCUAUUUAUCUGAAGUAGUAUUAAGUCCUAUUGCUAGAAUAGGUUACUACAAAAAUGAUUCUAUUCUGAAAGAAAAAUAACUGACAUUAUAUAUAACCAGUUAAUUUAAAGCGUUGCCAUUUACAUUACACACCGAGAGCAUGUCCUGAGCAGACACAGGUUCUUCUGUUCGUUUAUUUUUCUUCAUUGCAGUGGGUUGAUUUGAUGAAUAGGGGUGUUGAAUUACUACAUUUGCUGUACAUAUUAUUUAAUAAACUUUAUUCAGAAUCA